AUGUAAACAAGCGCACGUUGUUUUCGUUUCGUUCGGUGCGCUGAAGUAGUUAGUCCACGUUUGGUACGGUUGUUAUAAUUUCUUCGCCGAUAACUGGUUCAUCGAUAAAUUCAAUCAAUAUGUCUUCGUUCUUUCUGAAAGGCAAGCCAAGAACGGCCACCAAACGUAAGUUCGACAAAACAAGGCCGGGUAAAAAAUCCCGUACGGAUUCCGCAGCCCUAGCUCGCAAGGAGAAGGAAGAAUCCGAAGAGGAGCUCGACAGCGAUGAAGAGGAGGAGCGGACCGUGAGUGGUGCCUCCAAAAAGUAUAACUUUGGCGAUGGCGACGAUGAAGCGUUCGUCGAGACGGCCCAGGACAAGAGACUGCGGCUGGCACAAAAGUACUUGAAGGAGGUAGAAGAAAACGAACGCGCGAAGGAAGAGGACGCCGAUUUGCAUGACAGUGUGGCCGCAGCGUUGAGGGAGGAUUACCUAGACAGCAUAGGCAAACUUUAUCGUGCGGUUGCAGAGUCGUAUAAAGGCUAUGAUUUGGAAGCUUCGAUCACUCUACGCUUCAAGCAGCAACGUUUGUCGCCGACCUGUCUCUGCUUGUCGGAUGACGAUAAGUUCCUGUAUGUGGCGAACAAGAAUGGGAUCGUUGUGCGGUGGGAUCUGGAAAAAAAGAUACAUCUGGCGUCCACGAAGCAUCAGCGAACGGCCGUUCAUUCGCUCGCUAUUUCACACGAUCUGAAAUUCUUGGUCGUGGCAGAUGGUACGAACGAGAUCAAGGUAUUGGAUGGGGAAACCCUAGCAGAGGUGAAUACUUUGAGCGGACAUUCGGAUGUUGUAACGGGCGUUGUGUUCCGUACAAACACUCAUCAACUGUAUUCCUGCAGUAAGGAUCGAACGGUCAAAGUAUGGUCAUUGGAUGAAAUGUUAUACGUUGAAACAUUAUAUGGCCAUCAAACGCCAGUAACCAGCAUCGAUGCUUUGUCGCGGGAGCGCGCGAUUACCUCGGGAGGGAGUGACUGCUCCGUUCGUAUAUGGAAGAUCGUAGAAGAGUCCCAGCUGAUGUACAAUAGCCCAUCCACCGUUGGGAGCAUCGAAUGCGUUCGACUAAUCGGGGACGAACAUUUCAUCUCCUGUGGAACCGAUGGAUCUCUCUCGGUGUGGAGUUCGGGCAAGAAGAAACCUCUUAACACUGUCCAGUGCGCCCAUGGACAGACAGCGAAUGGGGAGGCCAAUUGGAUCAGUGCGAUUGCCACGCUACUGAACACGGAUGUGUUCGCUUCUGGUUCGUGCGAUGGGUUUGUGCGUGUUUGGAAGUUGGCGGGUAAAUCCAAAACGAUUGAGCCGUUGAUGGAGAUUCCACUCGAGGGUUUCGUAAAUGCUUUGGCUUUUACGAGUGAUGGAAAGUCGUUAAUUGUUUGUACCGGACAGGAGCACAGAUUGGGCCGCUGGUGGACACUUAAGCAGGCGAAAAAUCGAACUAUCGUAGUACCACUCAUUCUGGCCGAAAAUGAGAAAAUUACCAAUAAGAAGAAGAAAAAAGCUUUCGCUUUUUAGAAGACAAAUAAAUAUCAUAUUUCCAUUUUUUUUAUUUCUGUAA